GCCGCCAGCCGCCAUUACAGCCCCGCGGCCCUCCCUCCUCCCACCGGCCGGGCGGGGAGCGAGCGGCGCCUGCCGGGAAACGCGGCCCGGCCCCGCCACCGCCUCCCGCGGCCGGGGCGCCUGCGCGGAGGGAGAGACCAACUUGUGCUGAUUCAGAAGCCCUGGGUGCAGUGGACAAGGUGUGUGCACCACUGCAGCAGCACUGACCAGCAUCCAUGACUCUUCUGUUGGAGUGACUCAACAAAAGUGCAUUCCUGAAGAGACUGGCGGAGAAAUACUUUUCUUGAUUCCUGCACUCAAUAUUCAAAUCUACCACUGAAAUCAACAAAAAAGAAAUGAUAAAAUUUUUUCUUAUGGUUAACAAGCAAGGUCAAACAAGACUGUCUAGGUAUUAUGAGCAUGUAGAAAUUAAUAAACGGACAAUGCUGGAAGCCGAAGUGAUCAAAAACUGUCUCUCCCGUUCAAAGGAUCAGUGCUCUUUCAUUGAGUAUAAGGACUUUAAGCUGGUGUACCGACAGUAUGCAGCCCUUUUCGUAGUUGUUGGCAUCGACCAGACAGAGAAUGAGAUGGCAAUAUAUGAACUAAUUCAUAAUUUUGUGGAAGUUUUGGACAAAUACUUCAGCAGAGUGAGUGAAUUAGAUGUAUCCUUUUCAAUCAUGUUCAAUUUGGACAGAGUGCACAUAAUUUUGGAUGAAAUGGUGCUAAAUGGUUGCAUUGUGGAAACAAACCGGAACAGAAUUCUUGCCCCUCUGUUUGUGCUUGACAAAGUGGCAGAAAGCUAGGAAGAUGCAAGAUAGGAAGAUGCAAGACUGACUAAAGCAUUCUACAAAAGAUGGCGAAAACAUCAAGAAUGUACUGACAGCAGCUUUCUGAUGUUGCAAGACUGACUCAUGCAAUACUCAAAUUAGUUGGAAAAUAUUUUCCAUUUCUCCUAUAAUCUGUGUACCUAAUGGGAAAGAUGCAGCUAAACAUGUAGAUGCAUUUGGAUGUAGCUCUACUGACCCAGCAGAAAUCUUUCUAGAAUGGUCAACAGUUUUAAAAAGGACUGCAGAUGAAGAAAUGGAAACUUACCAACCAGGUAUAACAUGGUAUUACAUAGCAUUGUGCCAGACCUAGAAGACAGAAAAUAUAGAAAUAUAAAUUCUGAGUUUCAGUCCUUCCCUUAAGUAUCAACUCUAAUUUAUUUUCAGUUCUGUAACUUUUAUGACCACUUUUAAAGUAGAUUCAUCCUUUGUCAAAAAGCUGGUUAACUUCCCUUUGCCAUACAAGUCAUGGAUACAAAAGAAAAGUACAGAUGUAUUUAGUAUUUCUGCAUACCGUGUAAGUUGUAACUAGAAGUAUUUAGCACUUAAAUAUUAUAACAUUAAUAAAAGAUAAUUCAAAUAAGAA